GCAAAAGCAAUGGGGGAUUUCCUUGUAGCAGGUGUUCACUCGGAUGCGGAAAUUGAAAGACAUAAGGGACCAACCGUCAUGAAAGAAGAAGAAAGGUACGCUGCCGUCGCAGCCUGCAAAUGGGUUGAUCUUGUAGUUCCAGAUGCGCCUUAUACCACAAGUCUCGAAGUGAUGGAUCAAUAUAAUUGCGACUUCUGUGUUCACGGCGACGACAUAACUACAACAGCGGACGGGACGGAUUGUUACCAAGCAGUUAAAGAUGCGGGUCGUUAUCGUGAAUGUAAACGUACCCAAGGUAUCUCUACCACGGAACUCGUGGGACGCAUGUUACUUAUGACGCGUGAUCAUCAUCAUCGUCGUUCUUCCAUAUCUUCUAUCAAUAAUGAAGAUUUAAGCACCUUCAGUAGUAGCGCGUCUAAGCAAAGUCCUGAGACAAAGAUUUCACAUUUUUUGCCCACUUCUAGAAGGAUAGUGCAAUUUUCAGAAGGAAGGGAACCAAAUCCCGGAGACAAAGUUGUUUACGUCGACGGGACUUUCGAUCUAUUUCAUGUUGGUCACAUCGAAUUUCUGAAGAGAGCCAAGGACCUGGGUAAUUACCUUUUGGUCGGAGUUCACGAUGAUCAGCAUGUCGAUGAAGUUAUUAUUGGGGCACCGUAUAGUGUUGACGAGAAUGUACUCUCUGAAGUUUACAAAGUAGAUAUUGUUGCUCAUGGAAAUGCACCUUCUUUGCCAGAUAUUAAUGGCCAAGACCCUUAUAAGAUUCCAAAAGAGAAAGGGAUUUACAAAGAAAUAGUAAACCCUUCCGCGGACUUGACAACCGAUAGUAUUAUUGAGAGGAUAAUUGAACAUAGGAAGAGGUUGGUGUUUCAUCCAUUGGUUUUGCGACCUGUCAGGUCAGAGAGAUGUAGUAAACAAAAUUUCUCGACUAGAUAUGAAGAACGGCAACUGAGGAAAAAUAAAAAGGCACAAUUGGAAGCUGAAGCCGAAAGAUUAGAGAAAGAGUCAUCUAAGCCUUGA